AUGGGACAGAAGGUAACNACUCCUUUGACUUUGACUCUUGAUCACUGGACUGAAGUAAGGACUAGAGCCCACAAUCUUUCAGUAGACGUUAAGAAGGGACCCUGGCAGACUUUUUGUUCAUCCGAAUGGCCGGCNUUUAAGGUAGGAUGGCCAUCGGAGGGAACCUUUAACCUGUCUCUUGUUUUCGCUGUUAAGCGCAUUAUCUUUCAGGAAAUAGGGGGACAUCCCGACCAGAUCCCCUAUAUCAUCGUCUGGCAAGACCUGGUNCAGAAUCCCCCACCUUGGGUUAAGCCUUGCCGUAGGGUCCGGGAUGACGUGGCGGUUGCAGAAACCAAACCCAAGCUGGCCCAACCGUCGGCGGGUCCUUCGGCACCUCCGAAGAUCUACCCCAAGAUCGAGGACCUCUCGUGGACAGAGCCACAGCCUCCCCCUUACCCUCUNCCGCGACCAUCUGCACCCCCGGCCCCAGCACCUGUUGAGAGAGACGGGGUAGAGGGGCCUGGGGCAGGAACGCGGAGCCGGAGAGGCGGCAGCCCAGAGGGGGAUUUCACUGUUGCCCUGCCCCUCUGUGCCUAUGUUGGUGGCCCCCCGCCAGGCCCCAAUGAGCUUGUCCCUUUGCAGUACUGGCCUUUCUCNUCAGCUGAUCUAUACAANUGGAAGACUAAUCACCCUUCNUUUUCAGAAAAUCCCUCGGGCUUGACNGGGCUUCUUGAGUCCCUUAUGUUUUCCCAUCAGCCCACUUGGGACGAUUGCCAGCAACUCCUGCAGGUCCUCUUCACCACAGAGGAGAGAGAGAGGAUCCUGUUGGAAGCCAGAAAGAAUGUCCCCUGACCGGAUGGGACCCCCACUAAUCUCUCCAACCUUAUAGAUGAAGCCUUCCCCCUGACCCGUCCAAACUGGGACUUCAACACUGCGGAAGGUAGGGAGCGUCUCACAGUAUACCGCCGGACUCUAGUGGCGGGGCUCAAAGGGGCCGCUCGGCGACCCACUAAUUUGGCUAAGGUAAAAGAAGUUCUUCAGGGACCAGUGGAGCCGCCCUCGGUUUUUUUAGAGCGACUGAUGGAGGCCUAUAGGAGAUAUACACCGUUUGACCCCUCCUCGGAGGGACAGCAAGCGGCUGUAGCCAUGGCUUUCAUUGGGCAGUCUGCCUCAGANAUUAAGAGGAAGUUGCAGAGGUUGGAGGGGCUCCAGGACUACACUUUGCGGGAUUUAGUAAAGGAAGCAGAGAAAGUGUAUCAUAGGAGGGAAACAGAGGAAGAAAAGCAAGAGAGAGAAAAGAAAGAGGCAGAAGAGAGAGAGAACCGGCGUGAUCGCCGGCAGGAAAGGAACUUAACUAAGAUUUUGGCCGCAGUAAUAGGUGAGAAGAGGGUAGAGAAAGGACAGUCAGGGUACCUGGGCAACGGAGCAAGAAGACCUCCAGGAGGAAAAAGACUGCAGCUUGAAAAUGAUCAAUGUGCAUACUGCAAAGAAAAAGGACAUUGGGCCAGAAACUGCCCUAAAAAGAAACAAAGAGGACCCAAGGUACUGGCCUUUGAAGAGAACUAGGGAAGUCGGGGCUCGACUCCCCUCCCCAAGCCUAGGGUAACUCUUUCUGUGGAGGGGACUCCUGUUGAUUUCUUGGUAGACACAGGAGCAGAACAUUCAGUUUUGACCAAGCCACUGGGACAAUUAGGGAAAAAGAAGACUAUGGUGAUGGGAGCUACUGGUAGUAAGCUUUACCCNUGGACCACUAAACGAGUUUUAGAUAUAGGAAAAAGUCAAGCGACUCACUCUUUUCUCGUGAUUCCUGAAUGCCCCACGCCCUUACUGGGAAGAGACUUAUUAACCAANCUUAAGGCUCAAGUACAGUUCACCUCAAAAGGACCGGAAGUAACCUGGGGAGAGGCCCCUGUUGCAUGUUUGGUUCUAAGUUUAGAAGAAGAAUAUCGCCUCCAUGAGCAGGGUCCCAAGCAGUUACUAGCCCCCGAAUGGCUGUCUGCCUUUUUUGAAGUCUGGGCUGAGCAGGCAGGGAUGGGGUUAGCCAAGCAAGUACCGCCGGUAGUAGUGGAAUUAAAAGCCGAUGCCUCUCCAGUCUCAGUCAAACAAUACCCUAUGAGUAGGGAAGCUAAAGAAGGCAUCCGGCCACAUAUUCAGAGACUGUUGCAACUAGGAAUUCUAGUGCCUUGCCAAUCCCCUUGGAACACUCCUCUCCUGCCUGUGUGCAAGCCUGGGACUAAUGAUUAUCGACCAGUACAGGAUUUAAGAGAAGUUAACAAAAGGGUGCAGGAUAUCCACCCUACAGUUCCAAAUCCUUACAAUUUACUAAGUUCCCUUCCACCAGAGCAGACCUGGUACACUGUCUUGGACUUAAAAGAUGCUUUUUUCUGCCUUCGGUUGCACCCCAACAGCCAGCCACUGUUUGCUUUUGAGUGGAGGGAUCCAGAAGGAGGACACACGGGCCAGCUAACCUGGACGCGGCUGCCCCAGGGGUUCAAAAAUUCCCCUACUCUCUUUGAUGAGGCGCUCCAUCGAGACCUUGCACCUUUUAGGGCACAGAACCCCCAGAUUUCUCUCUUGCAGUAUGUAGACGACCUACUGCUUGCUGCUUCAACCCAGGAACUGUGUUGUGAUGGGACUAAGAGGCUUCUAAAUGAACUGGGUGAGUUGGGGUACCGGGUGUCUGCUAAGAAAGCUCAGCUGUGUCGCACUGAGGUGACCUACCUAGGAUACACUCUCCGAGAAGGAAAGUGGUGGCUCACCGAAGCUCAAAAGAAAACUGUGAUGCAGAUCCCGACCCCCACCACUCCGCGACAAGUACGUGAGUUUCUGGGGACGGCGGGUUUUUGUAGACUCUGGAUACCGGGGUUCGCAACACUGGCGGCCCCUCUGUACCCUCUUACUAAAGAAAAGGUCCCAUUCACCUGGACCGAGGAGCACCAAAGAGCCUUUGAUGACAUAAAAGCUGCACUACUGNCAGCCCCUGCUCUGGCCUUGCCAGAUUUGAAGCCUUUCACCUUAUAUGUUGAUGAACGGGCUGGAGUAGCCCGCAGGGUCUUAACUCAGGCUCUGGGGCCCUGGAAACGCCCAGUAGCCUAUUUGUCAAAAAAGUUAGACCCGGUCGCCAGCGGAUGGCCCUCUUGCCUAAAAGCCAUUGCUGCCGUGGCCUUGUUUGUUAAAGAUGCUGACAAGCUUACCCUGGGUCAGCAUGUGACUGUAAUUGCUCCCCAUGCUCUGGAGAGUAUCGCAGUGCGGCAGCCCCCAGAACGGUGGAUGACUAACGCCCGGAUGACUCACUAUCAGAGCCUGUUGCUAAAUGAGCGAGUGACUUUCGCCCCACCUGCCAUUCUCAAUCCUGCUACUCUCCUCCCUGAGAUGAAUGACUCCACCCCAAUACAUCAAUGUGUCGAUAUCUUGGCGGAGGAAACUGGAACAAGAAAAGACCUGACUGAUCNACCAUGGCCAGGUGUGCCUGCUUGGUACACAGAUGGUAGCAGCUUUGUGGUGGAAGGAAAAAGGAGAGCGGGAGCGGCGGUGGUAGAUGGAAAACAGGUAAUCUGGGCAAGUAGUCUUCCAGAAGGAACUUCAGCUCAAAAAGCCNAACUCNUGGCUUUGACUCAGGCUUUACGACUGGCAGAAGGUAAGGCCAUUAACAUUUACACUGACAGCCGGUAUGCCUUUGCUACAGCCCAUAUACAUGGGGCCAUCUACAAGCAAAGGGGGUCUUUCACAGGCACCUCAAAGUGA